AUGAAAGAUAAACAAUAUCUGUUUCCAUUUCCGCGGUCUGGAGAUGGGUUUGAAUUUGUUUAUACUGGACAGAUACAGAAACUGACAACAUUGAUAUUUACUGCUCAUUUGACAGCUACCAGAGAGGAUAUUGUGGUCAAGUUUGUUAAACAGUACAAUGCAGAAGCCCAUACCUUAUGUGCAAAUAAUAAUGUGGCACCUGCAUUGCUCUAUUAUAAUCCUUGUAUUGUUCAAGAAUGGGGAAUGGUUGUAAUGAAGCAUUCAUCAGCUAUUGGAUGGUAUCAAGCACAGCUGAUUGAUUUUGAUUGGGUUGGCCAAGCAGACGUUGAUAAAUACCCUAAUCUGAAUCCUAAAAUCGACUGGCCUGAUGGCAUUGGUGGCGGAAUAACACUGAAAAGGGAACAUGAUCUCAUAUGGCUAGAACGAUUGCGCAAAGUAUUAGGAUUAGUCCAGAAGUGA